AUGAGAGAAGAAAAGGAGAUCGCUGGCUAUCUUCGGUCACCUCCUUUUAAAUCAAAGAUAACUACAGUCAGAACCAAGACAAGGCAAAAUAAUACUUUUCUUCCGCAUUUUUUGAGAUUAAAGAAACCUGAAAUAUCUAGGAAACAAAACCAGAAGGAUUCAUCAGGAUUCAUUUUUGAUUUGCAGUCCAGUACUGUGCUGGCCCAAGGAGGAGCUUUUGAAAACAUGAAAGAAAAGAUAAAUGCAGUGCGUGCAAUAGUUCCCAAUAAGAGUAACAAUGAAAUGAUCCUGCUUUUGCAGCACUUUGAUAAUUGUGUGGACAAAACAGUACAAGCGUUCAUGGAAGGUAGUGCCAGUGGAGUACUCAAAGAAUGGACAGUAACAGGCAAGAAAAAGAACAAAAAGAAGAAAAGCAAGCCAAAACCUGCAGCAGAACCAAGGAACAGUAUCCCAGAUUCCAAUAAAUCGGUUUCCAUUCAAGAGGAACAACCUGCACCCCUCUCAGAGAAAGGUGGUAUUAAUGGUUAUCAUGUCAGCGAUGCCAUCAACGAUACUGAGUCUGUGGACUCACUCAGUGAAGGUAUGGAGACACUUUCAACAGAAGCCAGAGAACUGGAGAAUCCUGAGUCUGACACAUCAGAAGUGCUGGAUAGAACAGGAUCCAUGCUGGAGAAUGGUGUCUCUGAUUUUGAGGCCAGAUCUUUGACUAUGCACUCUACUCAGAAUUCUCAACAAAAUAGGAACGUUGCCAAGUCUCUCUCAAGAACUACUGUAGGACCUCAGCUUUCAAAUCUAGGCAUGGAAGAUGUUCCCCUCUCUUUCACCAACAAAAAGCUUGGUUCUAACAUUGAAAAAUCUGUGAAAGACCUCCAGCGCUGCACAGUGUCUCUUGCACGAUAUCAAGUUCUAGUUAAAGAAGAGGUGGAUGCUUCUAUUAAGAAAAUGAAACAAGCUUUUGCCGAAUUGCAGAGCUGUUCAAUGGAUCGGGAAGUGGCGUUGCUCGCUGAAAUGGACAAAGUGAAAUCUGAAGCAACUGAAAUUUUGCUUAGCUGUCAAAAGAAAGCCAAACUUCUAAAGAAAAUGACUGAUGUGCCUGUUCGGAUGUCAGAAGAGCAGUUGGUCGAGCUCAGAGCUGAUAUCAAGAACUUUGUUAGUGAACGUAAAUAUGAUGAGGAUCUGGGACGAGUGGCCCAAUUCACCUGUGACAUAGAGACCCUGAAGAAGAACAUUGAUUCAUUUGGACAAGUAUCCCAUCCAAAGAAUAGCUAGUCAACGCGAUCUCAAUGUAGCUUGGUUACAUCUAUGUCUUUGAGUAACCCAUGUGAUGCCUCUGCUCCCAGCCUUACAAGUGCUAACAAGAAAACCUCGGCACUGGGGGCGACGCCUACAACCACAGCAAGCUCCAGUGGCUGAUCCUACCAGGCUCAUCGAGAGCUAUUGCCAGGAAACAGACGAGCCCAAGGCUACAGGCCACAAGGCCCAAAGUCCAGUGACCCCACGAACCAAGGGCAACAUGACAGAGUGGGUCGUUACAGAAAUAGCUCAUGGUAUUCAUCUGCUUCCAGGUACCAGAGUGCUCCACCCCAGGCACCAGGAAACACUAGUGAACGGGGCCAGGCUCACGCUGCAGGGACCAAUGGGACUGGAGCCAGCAUGGAGCCCAGCCCACCCAAGCCCUCAUUCAUUAAGGGGCUCCCCCAGCACAAACCUAGGACCUCUCAGCCUGACGUUGUGAAUUCCUGAGGAAAAUUCCAGCCGGUCUCUCUUCUUUCCCACACAAUUCAACUUGGUAACUGGACUUUAGGAAACUUCUAGUUAGAUUUAAUAACAAAAAGAAGUUUAUGCAUA